GACACCUUCACAUCGUCUUUGCCACUCCCCUCCUCUCCCUUGCCUUAGGUCCCUCCCUGCAGUGCAAGCCACAGCUUUUGCGUCUCAGUGCAGUUUUUCGAACCGCCCUCCAGCUAUUUGGCCGCCUGCACAGACAGCGUAGUGCGUCGUCGUGACGUUUCGCGCCUCGCUCAAGCAAGACAUUUCAUCUGCAAAUUCGGCCCGCCACGACGACAACCCACAACCAACGCUGACGCCUGUCGUUCAUCUGCCGUCUCCCGAUUCUCCUGCAGCUCCCGAAUUGGCCAACGGGCUGCGACAUGUCGACGUACGAUGGCGAGCGGCCUCUGACCGCCGACGAGCGCAACCCGUAUGCGUCGGCCAGCCGCUGGCGGCACCAAGAGUCGUCGGCCUUUGCGAACCACGCUGCAGCGCGAAGCCCUGUGCAGCACCAUGGCAGCACAGGCGAUCUCGCCGACUUUCUGAACUCGUCACGCAUUGAGGGCCCCGAUAGCGAUUCUCGAAGCGCCCACAGCGUGGGAAGACAUGUGCCCCUCACUGUUGCUGCCAGCGCCUUGAGCCCCCUCGGCGCAAAUCUCGAUGACACCGUGAAUGAAUCGCAGGAGUUCGAGGCGCCAGACGGCAAGGAAAUUGUUUGCGGACCUCUGCUAAACUACCGUCGCAUGGACAAGGGCCGCUGGUUUGGAAGCGUCUUGGUCGUUGUUCGAGGUGGUGGCAAGACGCCGCUGCACCAGCCCUUCUUGACGUUGCGACCAGCUUCGCGCGCACACCAACUCGAGCAUACGGCGCAAGACAAUGCCAAUGGCACCGACUUAUCGAACGGAGAAGCCGAGGGAACCCGAGUUGAGUCGCAUUGCCUCUACUCGGACCCGCGAAACACCUUCUGGGCGUUCGAUAUCGAGGUGCCGAUCGAAGCUACCGAGACCAGCUACGAAUAUGAAAUCCCGGAAAUGCGAUUUUCUAGCGAGCACAAGCCCCGAACGAACGCCUUCUUCGUCCCUGCCGCCACCGAGUCUAUGCGCAUGAUGUUCCACUCGUGCAACGGCUUCAGCGUCGGCACCGACGAGGAGGCCUGGAGCGGCCCAGCUCUGUGGAAUGAUGUCGUACGAAAACAUAGAUCGGUUCCCUUCCAUGUUAUGCUAGGAGGAGGAGAUCAAAUCUACAAUGACGGUAUCCGCGUCGAUGGCCCGCUUCGCCCGUGGACCAACAUCAACAAUCCCAAGAAGCGCAGGGAUUAUCCCUUCUCCGAGAAGCUCCGUUCAGAGUGCGACGACUACUACCUCAAGAACUACAUCCGCUGGUACAACACGGCGCCGUUUGCGACCGUCAAUGGGCAGAUUCCUCAGGUCAACAUCUGGGAUGAUCAUGACAUUAUUGACGGCUUUGGAUCCUACACGGAUCACUUCAUGCGUUGCGACGUUUUCCGAGGGAUCGGUGGCACUGCGCACAAGUAUUAUAUGCUUUUCCAGCAUCAUAUGCCGCCGCCGCCAUCCACUUACACAACAGACUAUGCCGCGGUAGCAGAAGCAACAGGAAGGGUCGAUCCGAACCAACUCAUCGAUACAUAUGUGGCGCCCCAAAAGACUGAACCUCAGUAUAUUCUUGGCACCAAACCCGGACCGUAUGUGGCGGAACACUCGCACAAUCUUUAUGCUCGACUCGGCGCACGAAUUGCACUCCUUGGGAUCGACGCGAGAACUGAGCGAACGCGACAUCAGGUCAACUAUCCAGAGACAUACGACGUCAUCUUUGACAGAUUGCGAUUUGAGUUGCAAGCGGCGGCAAAUUCGGGGCAGCCCAUCAAGCACUUGAUCCUGUUGCUUGGAAUUCCUAUCGCGUACCCUCGAUUGACGUGGCUGGAGAACAUCUUCCGAAGCCCCUUGAUGGGUCCCGUGAAGCUUCUGAACCGUCGAUUCGGUGUCGGUGGUGGUCUUUUCAACCAGUUUGACGGUAGUAUCGAUCUUCUGGACGACCUGGACGAUCACUACACCGCCAAGACUCACAAAAAGGAACGACACGAUUUGAUGGUGGCGCUUCAGGACGUGUCUGCCGAAUUUUCCGUGCGAGUGACGAUCCUAGGAGGCGAUGUGCAUCUGGCGGCAUUGGGACGUUUCUACUCCAAGCCGGACCUAGAAAUUCCAUCAGAGGAGGACCAUCGCUACAUGGUCAACGUCGUCUCGUCGGCAAUUGUUAACAAGCCCCCUCCACAAGCAGUUGCGAACCUGCUUGCCCGCCGGAAUAAGAUUCACCACCUGAACCAUAAGACGGAUGAGACAAUGCUGGAUCUCUUCAACAAGGAUCCGGGCGAGUCAACCAAGACGGCCAGCCAUAACAACUGCACGAUGCCGAGCCGCAACUUUGCAUCUAUUACAGAGAACUCGCCCAACAACGUGGGCACACACACCAACGGAAACGUGGCUGGUCCCGAUGGGAGUGAGGUCGAAGGCGACGCGCCAUCGUUCUUGGGCAAGGACGGCCACAGCUUUUUGCACCAGGGUGAGACGGGAUCCGGAACAAACCACAAGGCGGCAUCGCGGGAGACCCACGGAGCGGGCAACGACGGGACGCUGGACGUGUGCAUCAACGUGGAGAUUGACCAACACGACCCAGAUGGCCGGACCGAGAUGUACGGAAUGACUGUGCCGCUGCUGGACUAUGUGAAGAGAGACGAGCCCGAGACGCCUCCGGCAACGGCCGUACCACAGUAGCUGUGGGGUGCCUGAGUUCGGUUGUGGUGAUUUUGGGAGAUGAUUAAGGAGACGUUGUCUUGUCUUAUCUAUGUAAUAACGGCCGCAACCGGGAAUGGGAAUGGAGGUGGUGCAAUACGGGCGGAUGAUGUGGGUCGGGAUGAAGAGUCCGAUGAUGGUUGACACAGGGCUUGGAAUAAGCCUGGAUGAGCCGAAGGUGGAGACGACCAGCACCAGAGCCGCAGUGUAUUGACAAUGGCAUUAGCGGUGGUUACCCAGUGGAGAAGGAGCUAUUACGAUAGAGCUCUUCUCACCUCAUGUUUAUGCACUGUAUAGAUAGUACACCGUAUAUAGUUCAGAUGUUGUGGAUUGUGAUACCUUGGAGGAUUUCGAGACAGACUGGGGGAUAAGAGAGACUCUCACGUGGAUAUUCUGGAGAAGGAAGCCAGUGUUGAUUGGUGGCCGAGUCUUUUGUUAUAGUAAAUCAUACCCUCUUGACUGC